AUGGAUCCAAAUGCAGUGGCGAAGGCAUUCGUGGAGCACUACUACUCGACGUUCGACGCGAAUCGAGCCUGGCUGUCGAACCUCUACCAGGAAGGGUCUAUGUUGACUUUCGAGGGCCAGAAGACCAUGGUUUCUAAUAAUAGUGGCCAAGCUCACGAGCCUCCCCUUCCAGCAGUGCCAGCACCAAAUCACCACCGUCGACUGUCAGCCCUCUGGCCCAGCUGGUGGCAUGCUCGUCUUCGUCUCUGGCAACCUCAAGCUCGCGGGCGAACAGCACGCCCUCAAAUUCAGUCAGAUGUUCCAUUUGAUGCCAACUCCACAAGGAAGCUUCUACGUGUUGAAUGA